AUGGGCAGACAGAGUGCUUCCGAGGUGGUCUUCAUCUGUCUAAACCACAACAUAACGCUUGUAGGGAAGAUAUGGUUGAUCCUGAUGAUUUUACUGAGGAUCCUGGUCCUGCUCUUUGCAGGAUACCCCCUCUACCAAGAUGAACAGGAACGCUUUGUGUGUAACACCAUCCAGCCGGGCUGUGCUAACGUCUGCUACGACAUCUUCGCUCCUAUCUCUCUGUUCCGCUACUGGCUUGUUCAGCUGCUCGUUCUCUGUCUCCCGUACGUUAUCUUCGUUAUCUACGUCAUCCAUAAAGUCACAUCACGCCUCACCAUCGACACUACUGACCCCUCAGAUAGUGUUAGAGCUGAACCGCUCUACCAGAUCCAGCAGGAGUCAUUCAGGAAGACGGCCCUGACCAAGACAGCUCUCCAGGUGCAGCAUGGCAGGAGUCAGUGCUUCUCAGGAGCAUACACCCUCCAUCUUCUGUUCAGGAUACUGCUGGAGGCCGGGUUCGGGGUGGCCCACUACUACCUGUUUGGGUUCUAUAUCCCCAGGAGGUUCCUGUGCCAGCAGACUCCCUGCACCACUCAGGUAGACUGCUACAUCUCCAGGCCCACGGAGAAGACUGUCAUGCUUAACUUCAUGCUGGGGGCCGGAGCCCUGUCGUUAUUACUCAACUUGGCUGAUCUCAUCUGCGCCAUCAAGCGCUCGGUGACGCAGAAGACCAAGAGGAAGAUGUUGGUGGAGAAGAUGUACGAGGAGGAGCAGUACUACCUCUCGUCCAGCGGGGGGAGCAGAGGCGUGGAGGCUAACAUCCCUCUACUUCCCCAGAACCUGGUGGUGGAACCUAUAACCUUCCGGAAGAGAGGGGCCAGUAAGUCCAGCACCGCUGACCAGGGAGCCUACCCCCAUCUGGGGGAGGCUGAGGACGCCUCUGCCCCUCGCUGUGGCUCUAGUUUCUCCUCGGGGCAUCCAGGCGCCAACACCAAUGGGAACAACCUCUACCCUGCAGCCCAGGAGGAGGGCCGCGAGGCAGAGGGGAGCGAGGUGGCUAUGUGCCCUGUAGAGCCCAUCGGGACACCCAGGUCCAUCAGGGUUAGCAAACGUAGCCGCCUCAAACCGCCCCCGCCCCCACGACGGGACCUGUGUCCCCCAACGGCAACCGCUGCGGGCGUCUCCCCAGGAACAGCGGUGUGCACCAGGAGAGUGGGUCAGUACACCCUGGUAGAGAUGACAGCCUCGGACUUGCAGUCCAACACCAGCGAGGGCCAGGAGAAGAGGUCUGAGUGGGUUUGA